CCAACGAUGAAGUACAAGUCAUUUUGCGGGAAGAGCGUUUAAUUUAUCCACGAAGUCUAGUACUGAACAUUUCAGCGGCUAUUACGAAAGCAGAAUAGAAUACCAACCCUAAGCCAGUGAAUCCACAAGACUGGUAAAUGAAACAACCCAAUUGUGGGAUAUGUUUUACAAAAUUGCACAAUAAAAACUACCUAUGAAUGGGUGACCUCAGACACACCUAAAUAAUAGACAAAUCUGGCCACACUCAAGUACAAAAAACGGCACGUUAAGUAUGACACUAAUUGGAUAACUUGAUGAUUGACAAGAUUGGGUGGCGCUUGGUGCAUUGUUUAAAUUAUACACAACACAAUGGAUCGCACAAUUAUUGCUCCUUAUCGGGCUGAGGAGAAAGAACUAUCACUUGUACUAUAUAAAAAGCUACAGGGAUUGAUACUGUUGCAUCCUGCAUCGGAGGAUUUAAAAAAAUGCUUGUCGGACGAAAUGUUUGUGAAGCCCAACCAACAGGCUUUCUUCAACGUGAUGCACUACCUUUUCAGACUGCUCGAUCCAAAUGAGUUUAGAAAACGUUUCUACUGGCCAAUUACGGAUAAGCGAGCAGAAUCUAAUUUUCGCACAAGCACUGUGGAAUAUCUAAAGCACCUCAAUGAGAAACAUCAACUGAAUUGGAACAACAUCAAAUCGUAUCUUGUGGUUAUGCCAGGGGGCAUGAAGUUCAUAAGUUUCUUGCUGGACUUUGUGCAUUUCAUAAUAACGGAGUUGAUCAAGCAAAAGGAAAAACAAUUAAAUCUAGACUCUGGACAGCAUGUUGAAAAUAUUACCGAGGAGAGUCUACAGAAGAUGUGCAGAAAGGACUCGGUGUUUAAGGAAAUGUCAUCUCAGUUUCUCAUUAAUAUUGAUGUUAUCAGCAAUCGCUAUAUGGAGAAAAUACAGAUGCUGACGCAACAAUUUGAGGAGCUGGCAGAUACCACUAAGCUAUCUGCCGAUCUAUUGAUCGAUGAAAAGUUUCUGAAUGAGUUCGAAGGAAGUAAUGAAGAUUUAUUUGAAAGAUAUUUUGCACAGAGGACACAAAAUAUUAAGGCAAUGGAAGAAAGUGUUUUCAAAAUGAAAGAGAGCAUGGAUAGAUUUUAUGCUAAGGAAAGUGGUUUUAAGUGUGAUGUACAGAAAAUAAGCCAACAAUUGAGAAACAUUCGGGAUAAUUUCAGUAUUGAUAAUAUAACAGAAGAUUCCCUUAUUAAUGAUGAUGGCGUCAAUAUCAACACUCUAAUAAAGACAUUUAAUUGCAUUUAUACGACUAUACAGUCGGAAUUAUCUGCUGCCAAUAAGCGGCCUCAAGCAGGUCUGGUCAAAACACGACUAUACGAAGUACAAAAAGACCUGAAACAGAUUGAAAGUCAAAUGACCGACUUCUUGGUGGUUAUAAAAUCAAGAAAAAAGAAACGCCAAGACGAUACACCAUCGCUUCACCAAACGCCUAUUAGGCAUCCAGUUCAUAUUGAUGUUGGUAUCAAACGAAAUUUGGAAAAUAGCCUAUUGCUGAAAUAUGUUUCAACACCACCAAUAAAAUUGGAGCUGCAAGAAGGACAUCAUGGACCUUCGCGUUUAUCCCUAGUGGAUUCGAAGGCUGCCUCUAAUACUAGUGCGUUUAAUAGCUUUUUGGCACCUUCAAGGACCGCACGUAUUACAAGGCUUAAUUGCAGCCUGGCCGAACAAUCCAUGGUGGACUUGAACGUAUCCAUGAAUAAAUCGAAACUUAUAGAUCCCAUGCAACUGCUUAGAUCCAUAAGCAAGGAAAAUUCCAAAAUGGCAACAACACCUAAGUCAAAUCUUUCUUCAUUGAGUAGUCGAUGGAAAGAGCGCCAGUCGUUGCUGACAGAUAGAGAUGAUGAAAUCCCAACAAUUAUUGUAACUGGAGCUGACUCGCCGCGGACACAUAUUAGGCCAAGCACAUCCGCAGAGGAAAGGAAAACAACAGCGAUUGGACGUAAAUCUCUAUUUUCCGAAAAGGAUGUAGAUAUUUCCAGCACAUCCAUCUUGGAGAAAAAAUCUUUUGCCACCAGCAGUGGCUCUCCAACUAUUAUUCAAUCACCUUUUACACCAUUCAAUUCCAAUGAUCGUACUCGAAUUUCGAGAACUCAAAUUCAACUCUUCGAUACAAAUUCAUUUACUGGCGCCAGUAACUUAACAUUAUCAUCGUCGAGGUCGGGUAUUAAGAAAAUAUGCGCCUUAAAAAAGGUUCAGAACGACUCUAUGAACUUUGCCAAUUUGAGCACCAGCCCAUCGGGCCGUUUGGAACCACUCGUUACAGCGGAGGACUUUGAAAUACCAAAACUUCGCUUGAAUGAUAAGUCAUUGCUGGAUCAAAGCGUCAAUUUGAAUAAAUCUUCUGCAAACGAAACAUCGAAUCCUUUCGCCCAAUUGGAUUUUUCGUUGGAAAAACAAGAAAACAAUGAUGAAGUCUCACCAACAACCAUUUGCGAUAAGAACUCUGUAGAGUAUAGAAAUCAUAUACAAGAGGAGGAGGAGGCUCUGUUCAAUAUAAGUGACAGUGUUCUUAAUGAUGUUACUCUAUAAAUAGAUUUUUAUUACUACCAAAAAGAUGGUUCACCUUUGUUUAUUCGUCGGUCGAGAGUUGAUUGUUUGAUGAGGGUCAAGGAUGUCGACGAUUUUUUAUAGUACAAUAAAUUUAAAAGGUAUUGUCGCCUCUCAUAAUACAUUUCAUCAUA